AUCUAUGGAUUCCUCUCCCACCCAUCGAGUAAUUGAGGUGGGAGCGAGUACCAGUCUACUGACAGGAAGUAUGGAUGCACAACGUCUACGUAAGGAAUGUUCGGGACCCAAACCUUGUGUCGGAGCAAAUCGCCCUACUCACACCUCGGCUACUUCAUCGUCGUCAACUACGGGUACCCGCUGGUCAACCGCAUUUAUUUUAAUUGUCGUGGCUUCUUUCGUUGGAUCGAAUGGAGCCGUCGCAACAGACACUGGUCACUGCGUUUGGUAUGGUCAGUGUGGCACUGACAAUUCUACAGGACUUUCCCAGAACUGUGCCUACAAUGGAACAGCCAAACCUCUUACGGAGCCAAAGGCCGUGGAUCUCCUGAAAAAACUAUGCCCUGAAUAUGCAACAGGCGAUGUUCCACACACCUGCUGCGACUACGACCAGUUGCGCACGCUCGACAGCAACAUGGCCUUGCCGCAGCAGUUCUUCCUGCGCUGCCCGGCUUGCUACAGCAACUUCCUGCAGCUCUACUGCAAGCUGACGUGCAACCCGACGCACAGCGACUACCUGAGCAUCGAGCGGACGCGCGCCGGCGCGGACGACACGCGCGUCAUCGAGGAGCUAACGUACGUGGUCGCGCGGCGCUACGCCGACGGCAUGUACGCCUCCUGCAAGGACGUGCAGUACCCGGGCAACAACCAGAAGGCGAUUGCGCUCUUCUGCGGGCGGUCCGCGGACGAGUGCACGCCGCAGGGCUGGCUGUCGUACAUGGGCGACAAGAACAACGGCAAGACGCCGUUCCAGAUCGACUACGUGCUGAGCGCGGCGGCGGCGGUGAACACCAGCGAGGGGGAGAAGGCACCGAUGAACGCGAGCGUGGUUCCGUGCACGAGCGCCGUCGGCAAUGACUCGUCGCCGUGCAGCUGCCUCGACUGCGAGGCUGCAUGCGCGCCGCCGCCGCCGCCCGUGCCCCCGCCGCAGCCGUGGCUCAUCGCCGGAUUCGACGCGAUGCGAUUCAUCAUGGCGUGCGUCUACGCCGCGUUCGCCGUCGUCUUUCUCGGCUCAAUCGCGUGGUCGUGCGGUAACUACCGAUCGCCGUUGAAACUAUGGUCAGAACCAACCAGCAUCCACGCGUGCAGAAAGGACUACUACGAUUCUCACUUCAUGCCGUUCUUCCGCACAGAGCAGAUGAUGCGUGAGGGUCGCGUCGACCAGACGCCCGUCAUGCACGAGUACAGGUACUUGCUUCCAGAACAGCCACGAGGUGCUCAAUCGCACGGCGAUGGACCCGGACAUGGGCAUAUUCGUCACGCCGCCGACUACAUCGACCAUUUCCUCUCGUGCGCCAGCGACCCAGCAUCAAUAGCAGACAUGACUACAUUACACAGCACCUGUUUGGGAACGUUUGGAGGACCAGUAGCUCCAUGGGUAGCCCUUGGUGGCUUUCCAGAAGCUGAGUAUGGAAAUGCCACCGCUCUCGUCAUCACGUUCGUCGUCCAGAAUCGUAAAAACGAUCCGGAGUUUCUUCAGAUGGCGCUCGCCUGGGAAAAAUCCUAUAUCGAGCUCAUGAAAAACUACUCGAAUGAGAAGCUGAUCAUAAGCUUUAAUUCGGAGCGGUCGGUCGAGGAUGAGUUGGAGCGCGAGAGCCAGUCAGACAUCGUAACGAUUCUUGUCAGCUACCUCAUCAUGUUCGCCUACGUGUCUGUCGCGCUUGGCCAGGUCAACAACUGCUACAGGCUUCUGAUCGACACGAAGAUCUCGCUGGGUCUCGGCGGAGUCGUCAUCGUGCUUGUCUCGGUGACGUCAUCGAUCGGCACGCUCAGCUACGCCGGCGUCCCUGUCACCCUCAUCGUCAUCGAGGUCGUCCCGUUCCUCGUGCUGGCCGUCGGCGUUGACAACAUCUUCAUCCUCGUGCAGGCGUAUCAGCGGAGUGCAAGGAGGUCUAACGAGUUGCUGCAUGAGCAUGUUGGAAGGAUCGUCGGCGAGGUGGGACCAAGCAUGCUCCUCUCCAGCGUAGCUGAAGCCACGGCCUUCUUCAUCGGUGCAAUGUCUCACAUGCCUGCGGGGGCCAGCUCAGGGGCGGACUGUUCUCUCUCUAUGCGGCCCCUGGCUCAAAUCACCUGCUUUGUGGGUCUACUUGCUCUGGACUCCAAGCGACAAGAGCGCAGCCGCCUCGACAUCUGCUGCUGCGUGCGCGUCGGACACAAGAGCGAGCACAUGAAGCCGGUCACGAAGGAGGAGCAGGAGGGCUUCCUCUACAAGAUGGUGAAGCACUGCUACGCUCCCGCGCUGCUCAGCAAGUACAUCCGUCCAGCCGUGGUGAUGGGAUUUGCUGGGUGGCUCUGCUUCUGUAUCUCCAUGGUGAACAAGAUCGAAAUCGGACUUGAUCAGUCGCUCUCCAUGCCCGAGGACUCCUACGUGCUCGACUACUUUGGCGCGAUAAAGAAGUACCUGUCUGUCGGGCCGCCCGUCUACUUCGUCGUCGAGGAUGGCUACGAAUACACGAACAGGAGCACGCAGAACAAGAUCUGUGGAGGCAAUGGAUGCGCUGACGAUUCCCUUCUCAGCCAGAUCUACACAGCUUCCAAGCAGCCAAACUCGAGCCACAUAGCCCACCCGGCGUCGUCGUGGUUGGACGACUACUUUGAUUGGGCCAGUACGUCCUCAUGCUGUCGGUUGUACAACAACACAGACAGCUUCUGUCCUGCAUAUGUUAAAAACGACACGUGCGUCGCUUGCGACAUUCACAAGGAAUUCGGGAGGCCCGUCCCCGAGGAUUUCUCGCAUUUCCUGCCGUACUUCCUGAAGGACAAUCCCAACAUUAACUGUGCAAAAGGAGGGCAUGCGGCGUAUGGGACGGCAGUUGAACUGCAUAACAAUAGUGAUGUUGGAGCUACGUAUUUCAUGACGUAUCACUCUGUACUGAAGUCGUCGGCUGACUACAUCGCUGCACUGAAGAAUGCGCGCAUCAUCUCCGAAAACAUCACCGCCACGAUCAACACACCGGGUGUACAGGUGUUCCCUUACAGCGUCUUCUACGUGUUCUACGAACAAUACCUGACGAUCGCCACCGCCACCUGGCAGAACCUAACGCUGUGUCUGGCUACGAUCUUCGUCGUCCGACUCUGCUUCCUCGGCUUCGACGUGCACUCGGCCGCGAUCAUCAUCGUCACGAUAACGAUGAUCCUCGUUAGCAUGCUCGGCCUCAUGUACCUGUGGAGCAUCCCGCUCAACGCGAUCUCGCUCGUCAACCUCGUCAUGACUGUCGGAAUAGCCGUGGAGUUUUGUUCCCACAUCACGCGAGCGUUUGCGACAAGCGUGAAACCGACGAGAACGGAGAGAGCCCAGGAUGCCCUCGUGCACAUGGGAAGCUCGGUGUUGAGUGGCAUUACCCUGACCAAGUUUGGCGGCAUAGUGGUGCUAGCGUUCUCCAAGUCACAGAUAUUCCAGGUGUUUUACUUCCGCAUGUACGUCGGCAUCGUUGUGUUCGGUGCCAUCCAUGGCCUCGCAUUCUUGCCUGUCUUUCUCAGCUACGCUGGUCCGUCGGUCAAUCAGAAAAGGCUGCAGAACUCUCUGAAGCCAAAAGACGUGAUGUAUCCAAGCGAGAGGGAGCCACUGCUGCAGUCUGAUGAACACGCACCUGAUCCGGUCUACAGCUCCCUAUCUGCAUGAUCACUGCGGCCCUCGUCGUAGCUAUACAACGCAAAGCAGAAGCUUACCUCAGGCAUAACGACCCUAAAAUGGGACAAGAGCUAUUGGCGAUACGAUGAACCUCCCAGCAUCAGCUGAUUCACCAACUGCUGGCUGAUAGGUGCAUACACUGGCAAUAGAUGGCGCCACCAGUCGUAGGUAGGUUAGGUGAAAAUCGUGCUGUCGGUUUUUGCUGCAGGGUGACUUUCGACCACCUGUGCAUGCUAAUACCCAAGCACUGGCAUUAAGUAACACUUUCUCUGCAGAAGUAGGCAAACCCAGGAAUUCUGGAAUUGACAUACUGUUAAAUUCCGAUGAAUUCUGACUUUAUAUUUAUUAUUGUGAAGUACUUUAUUUUUUUUCAACCAAGACCAAUUGUGUAAUAAAGUAAAAACCUGACAUUAGCCACCACAACAGUGGGAUCCUGCCCACUCGGAUCUGGGCGUGUUCUAUCUACAUGGUAGUACUAAUGGUUGAGUCAAUGAUACAUCCAACAAGAGAACCCACUAGCUUCUAUGGAGCAUAUAGUGGACACGUUUAAUUAGCAGGACUGUUAUGUGCAAAACUGCGUGAAUGUAACUGUGUAACGUGCGAAUGAUUGCCACAGCAAUGCUGGCAUGAUGUGUCAGGCAUGUGCAUGCCUUUUCCGUUUCGCUGAACAAUUAUGGGCUAUGUCAAGGCUACUAUGUCAAGUUGUUUCAGACUGGCCAGGUGUGUCUGGUGACACUCAGCGAAAAGGUUGGUUAUGCCUGACUUCGCCUGAAAUGCUCAUUGUUUUCAGGAAAGUUAAGUUCCACUAUACAGAAGUUAGCAGUUCCCUUGUUGGAUGUAUUUAUUGUCUGUUUUUAAAAAGUGAAACGAUGAGUUUAUGAUGGUUUAUGUGAUCUGUUAUGGAAUGAUCUGAUAUCGUGUUUGUAUAGAACACCUGUUUGUCUUGAUGUGCUAUAGCCAUAGAUCUAUCGUCUCUAUAUGUAUGUGUCAAGUGUAUAAUUACAUCAAAAAAUGCCAGUAAAAAAACCUAUUAUAUCAUUACUCAGGGGUAGAAAUUAACUUUUGAACACGGGAGUCCAACGGAUACCCUCAAAAAGAGGGAGUCCGUGGCAAAAUGAGGGAGUCCACAGUCUGAGGUUCAAAAUUAAAGAUAUUAACAAUAAUGCAUGUGCUUAUUUUUAAGAUUUCAUGCAGUUGCACGUCUGCCAAAUUUUUUUUGGGCAUUACUUGAAAAAAUACGGUAAUUCCGCGAGGCCGUGAUCCGAACGAACUACUUAGUAUGGCAGAAUUUUCAGGGAGUCACACGGACUCCUGCAUAUGUCAAAUCAGAGAGUCCUCGGAGAGUAUUUGACUCCGGACUCCCGUUAAUUUUGCACCCUGAUUACUAUUUAUUGUGGGAUUUCUAUAAUACUGCCAGCUAACCAAAUAGCAUGCCAACUUUUUUGUUUUAUUGAAUAUGCUCACAUAUUAUCUAGGGUGGGGGGGACAUGUGAUUUAGCCCAGGAAACGGUGAUGACGUGGUGGUAAAUAGAUGCAUCAAUCCUUAUCCGUAACUAUUCCGUUGCGUUUUAUUUAUAAACGUGCUGUUUAUAUUCACACUAUAGACGAUUUUAAUGGCAUAUUGUUUAUGAAAUAGAAGAUUAGUAUUAGAGGAGUAACAGUGUAGUGUGUGUGUGCAGAGUAAAUAUAGACAGUAUAAUGACGCAGUAGUUGCAUGUGUGUGUGAGAGAGAGAGAGAGAGAGAGAGAGAGAUCCCAGCUAUUUUUUAAUAUAAUUUGUAGUCACUAGGUUUAGUGGUACCAUGAGUUAAGCUAAUCCUUCAAUUCAAUUCUAAACUUUGGGAGCUGUUAUGUGGCCUAGGUCAGGCUACGUCUGGUCGUAGAUUCUUGGCUGCACAUACAAUCACCACCUAACUUCACAAAUAUAGCUGGCUGUGUAUGCAAAAAAAAA